CCUGGCAGAAUCAGAUUACAGAAAACAACGUUUUGAAUAAUCACUUAAUGCAACCUCAAAAUGUAUACUCUCUCUGUUUUACAUUCUCUUUCAUCCUCACAAUUUUCAAAGUUUCCACAAAGCUUCAAAAUCAAUGGACUUUCAUGUUCAUCUUCUUCUUCCUUGUUUCAAAAUGUUAGAAAGUGUUCACAUUUUUUCAUUUCAACUCCAAAAAUUGAUUCUUUUAGAGUCCUUGCUGCUUCUCUUCCAGAAGCACAGAGUGAUGAACCUUCACAACAACCUUCUGGGUUGGUUCAGUCUCUUCAACUUGGUUUCAUGUUUGCAACUUGGUACCUCUUCAAUAUUUACUUCAAUAUCUACAACAAACAGGUUCUAAAAGUCUAUCCAUUUCCAGCAACAGUUACAGCAUUUCAAUUUGGCUUUGCUUCAUUGGUGGUUAAUUUGAUAUGGACUUUGAAUCUUCAUCCUAGACCAAACAUUAGUAGUUCAAAGUUUAAAGCAAUUCUUCCACUGGCUGUGGCUCAUACAUUAGGGAACCUUUUGACUAACAUUAGUCUUGGAAAGGUUUCUGUGUCUUUCACUCACACCAUCAAAGCUAUGGAACCUUUCUUCACUGUUGUUCUUUCAUCUCUUCUCCUUGGUGAGAUGCCAACUUUUUGGGUGGUUUCUUCUCUUGUUCCUAUAGUUGGGGGAGUGGCAUUGGCAUCAAUGACUGAAGUCUCUUUCAAUUGGAUUGGAUUCAGCACUGCAAUGGCGUCUAACCUUACGAAUCAAUCACGUAACGUUUUGAGCAAAAAACUAAUGGCCAAUGAAGAGGAAGCUUUGGACAAUAUCAAUCUCUACUCAGUUAUAACCAUCAUUUCCUUUUUCUUGUUGGUUCCAUGUGCUAUAUUAUUGGAAGGUGUCAAGUUUACACCAUCGUACCUUCAAUCUGCUGCAAGCCAAGGAUUGAAUGUUAGAGAGCUAUGUGUAAGAUCAGUUUUGGCUGCAUUCUGCUUCCAUGCAUACCAGCAGGUUUCUUAUGGGAUAUUACAGAAGGUAUCACCUGUGACACACUCGGUUGGAAAUUGUGUGAAGCGUGUCGUUGUCAUCGUCUCUUCGGUUAUCUUCUUCCAAACUCCUGUCUCACCCAUUAAUGCACUUGGAACUGCUGUUGCACUUGUUGGUGUUUUCUUGUAUUCAAGGGCAAAGAGGAUUAAGCCAAUGCCAAAAGCAAAGGCAUCAUAAUUAACUCUUUCAAAGGAGAAAGGUUAAGAGAAAGAGGGAAAAGUAAAUACUACAUAAUUUAAAUUAACUUACUUAACCAUUCAUUUCUUUUGGAAUGUAACCCAACUAAUAACUUAGAAGAUUAGUAUAGUUAUAAGAUAUCAAAAGAUACCAAGGAAUGUCCUUUUAAGUUUGGUAUUUCUUGUAUAGAAUAUUUGCUUCUCCAUGCAAAAUCUUAAUUUUUUGCGCAA